CACCAGUAAAGAGCAGAUCUAGAAAUCGUCAGACCCAUCCUCUCAAACCAUUUGUUUUCCUGCUUACAAGCUCCCACUAUCGCCAGCGUUGUGGUAGCACCUCCAAGACCAUAUUUGAGACUCAUCUUGCCGAUUCGAUUGAGCGUAAAAACCUGACGAGUUUGCGAUGUCGUGGUGAAAGCUAUCGGGUUGCCUUCAGGUAGUUGUGACGAGAGUCGUAAUUGGCGGCUCUUAUAAGGUUUCGCUUACUAAGCUGCCUCCCAAGCCUACGAGUACGACGGGACGGGACGACUCAAACUCACCGGCAAUCUUUCCGCUCAAGUUUCUUGAAAUAUGGGAGCUGGAAGAAGCUGAAAUAACCCAGUCUCUCGGAAGACUUGAAAUGAAUUAUUUCGAGCCAUCCUUGAAUAGCUGGAGGUGCAAAGUAGAGGUACUACUCAUAGACCUAUCACCUGCUGAUCCCUGCAUCACACGUGACCCGGCUGCGCCUAUCAGAUCAAUCACCUUUGUCGACUUCAACCUAAACCUCUACAACCACAACGCCAGUUCAUAUACACAACAUGGCGCAAAACAACCAAGCCUUCUAUGAACUCUACCGCCGUAGCAGGUACUGUGGUCUUUGCUCCAAGGCAUUUGCUACUUUCAACUGACAGUAUGGUAUAGCAUCGGUAUGGCGCUCACGGAUACCCUCGACGACCUGAUCAGCGAUCGUCGAAUUGAACCACAACUUGCGAUGAAGAUUCUAGCCAACUUCGACCGCAGUAUCACAGAGGCGCUCGCUGAAAAGGUUAAGGCAAGGCUGUCAUUUAAGGUAAUAACCCUCUACGUGAGUGGGUAAAGGUGGUUCUGCUGAGGCUAAUUCGCCUUCAAGGGACAUCUCGAUACCUACCGUUUCUGCGACGAAGUAUGGACCUUUCUGAUCAAGGAUGUUACAUUCAAAAUGGACAACCAGGCGCAGCCAGUCAUUGCAGAGAAGAUUAGGAUCGUGAGCUGCAAUAGCAAGCGACCGGGGGAUCCAGCGGCAGGGUCGUGAUGGACGCAUGCUUACGAUUACCUCAAUUAUGUGUAAUUUUUUUGCGCUGCCAUCAAUAUGCCAGCUGCUUUCCCCGAUAGUUUUGCAAUGCUUCAGGGGCUUUUCUUUUUCCGAACACGGCUCAUACCAGAAUGAUACCAAGGGCAGGCUUCUCAUUCCACCAUGACGAGUGGGAGGGAUCCAGGUGUUUGAGGCGUAUAAGGGAUAUGGGGUCUACUUUUCAGACACGGUCUGAUUUCAUGGAGGAUAGUUCAUGGAGAUGGUCACUAAGGAUAUGGAACUCAUCUUUAAAUCUACAGCACACUUGCCUAACCAUGUUGUUGUCAUUUCCUCCGUGAGAAACGCUAAUACAGGUCCAACAGCAGCCAGAUUCCAGGUAAGCUUGGUACGGUGGAUUACUUUGGAUGCUUCAACUUCUCAGCACAAUUGAAACCAGUUCUAAAUGCUUUGGAUUAAUGAUCGAAAUCGUUCUAACCUUCGAGGGUAAUUGAACCUUUUUGUUGUCGAGAGCUGGACCAACCUUUAAAAAAACUCCCAGGGUAAAAUUAAUUACCAAUUAUCUGAGAAAGUUGAAACAACACACUAGUAUACCCAAUACUACCGCGAGCCCCCUUCAGCCAGGACAGCUGCUUCAAGACACUAGCAGUUCGGUGAUCCGUAGUCGUAGAAACUCAGCUUUUGUUGUUGUACAUACCUAUGUUUUCGAAAACUUAUGAAUCUAGUAAAUAUGGGUUUUUCUGUGUUAUAUGAUGUCAUCUUAUACUUGGUACUUGUAUCCUUUCCGAUCGUAUAUAAAGCUGACAUACCGUGGUAAGACGGACUCAGCCCAAGUACAAGUGCUUAGGAGGGAUGAAAAGCUCCCGCAUUGCUUUGUCUUGGCAGCUCGUUAAACGCUACUGUAACAACCGGUAGGAUUCCCGACCUUUUUUGAAUCGUGUAUUUGUACUGUAAAUACGCUGAAAUCGCUUGGCAAUCGUCCUUUCCGUUUCAGGCCACUUGAAAGAAACAAGUCGCCUCUCCCGCUGCAGCUAUCCAGCGGUCAGCCACAUCUACAGACGGCCCUCCUCUUCCUCUCUUCGCCAUGCAGCCUCUCGCGGCCAAGAAUAGCAGCCUGGAUCAGGGAAGUAGCACCGCCAUGGAAAAUCCAGCCAACGAGUUCACUCCCCUGCUUGGCAGCAAGACAGCUGCCUCCCACUCUUUAUCUCAGCGACAUGGCGGAGCUGAGACGACUCCACAACGACCGCAUCUCGAGGCAUCACCGGAUUUGGAAGUGAAAGACGCAAUGGAGUUCAAGGAUUUGAGUCGGAAAAGCCAGUGGAUUGCGCUGGCGGUGAUGAGUGGUGCUUGUGCUGCUUUCAACGGCGUGUUUGCAAAAUUGUAGGUCACGCUUUUUCUCCUUCUACUCCCUCGAAACCCCCGGGAUCUCCUUUUUAUGAAGUCAUCAAUUGAGACAAUAGUUUGCAUUGCUGGAGUUUGUUCUGAACAAAGCCCGUUUCCUUUGACUUGUACUUGAGAUGAAUAGCCGAAUUAAUCUUCAACAUCCGGCGCAUCCGUACAAACACUGUCUCGUGAUUACAGUUACUAACAUCAAGUUAUAGAACGACCACCGAACUCACAACAACCUUUGCAACAUGGAUAGCAAGUCUCUUUGGGCUCGGAAAGGGGGAGAAAGUAGUUGAGUACAUUGUCAGAGCAGUAUGUACCUCUGUCCUACUUACAUCGAUCCCCGAACCCCGGUCACCUGUUAUUCCACUAAAAUAACUCCAUACAUCCGACAUGCUUCUCAGAGUUCACAAACUAACAACACCACAGAUCUUCUUCUCCUUAAAUCUCAUCUUCAACGGAAUCAUGUGGACCCUCUUCACCAAAGCACUCGCCAGAGGCACCAGCACAACCCAAGUCUCCAUCCUCAACACAUCAUCAAACUUCAUGAUCACAGCUAUCCUCGGCUUCCUCAUCUUCUCUGAAUCUCUCCCUCCACUCUGGUUCCUAGGCGCCGCCCUUCUAGUAGCCGGCAACGUGAUCAUCGGACGUAGAGAAGAGAAAGAUACGCUCAAACGCGACGCAGAUGAAGAGUCCGGCCACGGAGAGGAUGAAGGUCUUUUAGUUGAGGGAGAGGAGGUGGAGUAUGAAUUAGAAGAUGAAUCCGAGGCGUUGGAAAGGAAGCGGAAGGAGAGGGAAGAGGAGGAUGUUUUGCAGGUUGAUUUGAGGGGGGACGUGGCGGGGGAUUUGGUCGAUGUUAGACAUCGAUGA